ACAAUUACACUUACGGGCAAGUCACCGAGAGAGAAGGAUUCGGCCGUGCCGUUUCGGAGGAAUCAAUCCCCAAUCCUCAUGCAAUCGGUAAUUAUUACCCAGUUCGUGCCGCAAGCUUCAAACUCAAUACACGACACUGAGGCGGGAUCUUAUUCCAUAACCAAACACGGAUCCCUCUCUCUCUCUCUCUCUCUCUCUCUCUCUGGCUCUGCUCCGAGUCAAAGCCCUCUCGCCCCUCCUCCUCUGUUCCUCCCUCCUUCCCACAUUCCGAGAGAGCGAGAGAGAGUCAGACAAACCAAUCUGACCCUCCUCCUCUCUCUCGAGCUCAGGAGCUCAGCUUCAGCCACCGCCUUCCUCUUGCCUGCUCAUAGCUCAGCGAAGAUGACCUCGGUGUUGCAGGGUUUCUCCAAGUCGCUCGCCAUGACCGUGCUCUCCGAGAUUGGUGACAAGACCUUCUUCGCAGCUGCGAUCUUAGCAAUGCGCCAUCCGAGGAGGCUUGUCUUGUCAGGUUGCCUUGCAGCUCUGAUCGUGAUGACUAUUCUAUCUGCUGUGGUCGGAUGGGCUGCUCCAAAUCUGAUUUCUCGUAAAUGGACUCAUCAUAUCACAACAUUGUUAUUCUUUGGCUUUGGGAUGUGGUCAUUGUGGGAUGCUUUUCAUGAAGGAGGCAGGGAAUCUGAAGAAUUGGCUGAAGUUGAAGCUAAAUUGGAUGCUGACUGGAAGAAGCCUGACGGAGCAACCAAAAAGGGAGAGAAGGUAGAUGAUGAUAUGAAAAAGCAGAACCGACCAUUUCUUUCGCAGUUCUUCUCACCGAUCUUACUGAAGGCAUUUUCUAUCACUUUUUUCGGCGAAUGGGGUGACAAGAGCCAGCUUGCGACGAUUGGACUGGCUGCAGAUGAGAAUCCAUUUGGUGUUGUUCUUGGUGGAAUUUUAGGGCAAACCUUGUGUACGGCUGCUGCUGUUCUUGGAGGGAAGAGUUUGGCAUCCCAGAUUUCCGAGAAAAUAGUUGCUCUCUCUGGUGGGAUUCUCUUCAUUGUUUUCGGAAUUCAGUCCUUCCUCUCAUCGGUCAAGUCAUAGGCUGCAUUAUUUUGCAUUCAGGUUCGAAAGCUGGUAACAAAAGAAAGAAGAUCAACUGCACGAUGGAUUUGUAAGACGUAUGCCUUCCUUUGUAGACCGAUAGCAACACAACAGAGAGCUGAACUCAUCUGGAUAAAUUAGGCAGUUACAUUUGAUGUAAGUUUCAACCUACUUGUUACAAUUUAUUGCAGCCACUGCUGCUGAUUUCUCCUCUCCUCGCUGUUUCCAUUGAUUGGUGUUUUAAUAAAAGUGCGAAAUUGGAGAUUUCAUAGUCC